UCUGUUCCUGACACUUCAGUUCAGAAACUUAAUCGUCGUCCUGCGUAAACAACAUACAAACAAAAACUAACAAUGUGGCAAAAUAAACAACAAUUUACAAUUUUUACAAAUUUAGUCUUAAUUUUAACACAAUUUUUAAGUGAAAUUUAUUGUCUGCAAGAAAAGGGUACCGAUGGCAAACCUUUGGCCAAAGCAGCAACAUUUCAUUUUCCCGAAUAUGCCUACAAGGAGACUAGUAAAAAUGAACUAACAUACCAUGAUUUCGAGGUUAAUUGUGAACAUCAUGUAGCCUGUGAAAAUCUUGAAGGUGUUAAACGAAAAGCCUGUGUUAGACGUUGUAUAUCGUAUUCAUGUUAUCAGGAUAUUUAUGCUUUCGAUGAGCUGGAAGAGGGUGAAAUUGAUGUACGCCUUAAUUCGUUUAAGGGUUGUGUCAUUCAAAGAACCGGCAAUACUAAUCGUCGUGCCACCUAGCAUAGGGCCUUACGUCUUCAAUUUGAUGAAUUUUUACAUGAUUUGCAUUGGAAAUUUUCAAAUUUAUUGAAACAUUUUACCUAGGAAGCAGUAUUAAUUGUUAUUAUUUCUUUUAUUAUGAUUUUAAUGUAAUAUUUUAAAACUGGGAAAUUGUAUGGAAAAGUAUUAAUUAUACAGAUACAUAUGUAUUAUCUAGGGCCGGAUAUGUGUAUUGAAAAUGUUAGCAAUCAAUUAUGAAAACGUAAAGUAUUUUAAAAAUCCAACAUUUUUAUCAGAUUAGCAUAGUGAAAUAAUACUAAUUAGUAUUAUAAUAUUAAUAAAUAAUUAACUUUAAAUAAUGCCUUUACAUUGUAGAGUUUAUAAAGUAAACCUAUGAAAGUACAUCAACUAUUAAAUAUUUCGUUUUGUAUUUUAUUAA